AAAGUCCCAUGAAUCAUUUGCGCUUUGGACGUCGGCAAGUGCAGCCUAAGUGGAAGAAGAUUUUCUUCCCUAAGUAAUGCCAUAACACACUAUGGCAGCUAAAGAGACUAUUUUUCAGAAAUGUAUAUCGCUACAUGGCGUACCGGAAAACAUCGGGGCGGAUGUGCUUCGACAUGAAAUUCAACAGCAACACAGCGUUACUGUCGUUCGCAUCGAAGAGGUUAUCGGGGCGGAGGCCAAUAGAAAUCUAAAACGAUGGAUUAUGGAACUAGAGGGGGAACUGUAUGUAAAUGGGUUGAAAAGAAAAUUUCUUGAGAUCAAUUCUAAUGGGGACAGUCGAACAGUAGAAUUCAAGGCAUCAAUAGAAUGCGAGUUGCCAUCAAGUUGGACCAUGCCACAAGUUCCGAGAAACCCUAAACCCACAGGACGUCAUCAGUUUAAUCCACAGGGUCCUGUGGCAGGUCAGUCUACAGUCUACCAGAAUUAUGAUGCUGCUGGAGGUUACACAUCACAAAUGUCAGCUCCUCACACAGGUGCAAGUGAUAAGCAUCUUGCUUCUCAACACGGAAACCAUUGGGAGGAAGGUUCUAGGGAAGGGAGUGAUCAGAUACAUGCGCAAGCUGGGCAAGGACAAGAGCAGAUGGGUCCAGGAAAUGCACCAAUGGGCCAGAUGUAUGGAUGGAUGAAUCCAGGUUAUGGACAAAUUGGUCAAGGUCAACAGCAAAUGCCUUAUUGGCAAGGACAUAUGGGUCAUGGUGAUAUACAGGGUCAGGGUCAUGCACAGAGAAGGCAAGGUCAAGGGAAGACUGAUCAAGGUCAAGGACCCAUACAGAUGGGACAAUAUGAACAUUUCAUGUCAAUGAUUCGUCAUGAUCCAAAUAGUGGUCAAUACUUUUGUUUUAAUGGUUUUCAAUAUGUACCUGUAACCGAGGUGUACAUCCAGCAAGCAAAGGCAUAUUUUGAAGGGCAACAGCUGGCACUGCAACAACAACAACAAAUUGGUCAUGAGCCCCCACCAGAAGUCCUUCCUGAGAAUAGUGAUGCAUAUACUCAAGAAUCUGUUGAACCAGAUACCACUAAGCAGAAAGUAGACUUGGGAAAACAGAAUGUAGGUACAGAAAAAGAAAUCAAAACUAUGAAAGAUCCACUGAGCAAAAUAAAGCUAACACACUUACCUGGUAGCGUGGAUGAAGAAUAUGUACAGAUUCAUUUGGAAAGUAAAAGGAUGGGGUCAUUGUCAGUAGCAAGUGUUGUCCUUGAUAACGAGACAGGCUCUGCAGAGGUAGAGAUGACGUCUCCUGAAGGUGCAAAUAAUCUCAUUGAAAUGAGAACCUUUCAAAUGAAAGGAGCACAAGUAUUUGUUGAGUGGCUUCAAGUGACUACUAAUGAACUCGAGGAGGAAUUAAAUGAAGAUUCAACACCCAGUAUUAUUGUGACUGGAUUUCCUGAAGGCACAGAUGAAGAGGAAAUCAGAAUGUUUUUCGAAAAUAAACGAAAGUUUGAAUAUGUGGAAGUAGUUGACGUAAAAUUUAGUGAUGAUUCAUUGUCUGCAAUCAUAACUUACAGUUCUGAGAAUGAUGUUGAUUGUGUAAUGAAUAUGUGUCCACUGAAAUUAAUGGGGACAGUUCUUAAGUGUGAGAGACCUCAAGGCAGAACACACCAGAAACCUGAAAGUUCAAAACCACUUGAACCGAAAGUUUUGGUGAAGGGAUUACCAGAAAACAUUGAUGAAGACGAUAUCAGGAUGUUUUUCGAAAACAAGAGGAAGUUCAACCAUAUACAGUUGGUGGACGUAGUUUGGAAUGCAGGAUCUACAUCAGCUGUUAUUACCUUCAGUUCUGACAAUGAUGUUGAAAGUGUGUUAGAUAUGUGUCCUCUGAAAUUGAUGGGCAAAGAACUAAUUGUUGAGCGAUUAGGUAGCAGUGAUGCAAAUGAAAAACCCUUUAACAGCCAUUCAAAAUCUUCUACGAAUUCCAUGUUUGAUGGCACACAAACUGAGAUUCUGGUUGAAGACAUCCCACCUGAAGUGGAUAAAGAAAUGUUAGAGAUGUGUUUUUCAUCAAGGAAAUUGAAAUCAUGCACUAUAGAAGACAUUGACAUAGAUGAAGUUGACAAUAAUGCUGUUAUAAAGUUUUUGAGACCACAAGAUGUGAAAACUGUUCUUGAUAAUCUUCCACUUACAAUAAAGAAAAGGGAGGUGUCUGUGCAAAUCUAUGUGCCAAAGAAGUUGUGUACAGUCAUCGUACGUGGACCAGAGGGGGUCAUGAAAGAGGAAAAUGAUGAUACAUUUGAGAUGUAUUUUGAAAAUGAAAAGAAGUCAGGCGGAGAUGAUAUUCAUGAAAUCAGCUUUCGACCAUCAGAAAAAGCUUUUUAUAUAACAUAUAAAGAAGAACAUGUUGCCAAAAGAGUUGUGGAAAGAGAUAACCACUGCAUUUUGAAGAAUAAAGUUAAAGUGGAACUAUUCAAACCAAGUAGGUCUACAAAGGUAUCCUCUGAACCGAUGAAUGAGGGAUCUAACACAAUAUAUAAACGUAAUAAAGAAGAUGAACAUGUGAAACCAGAAUCCCAGCCAUUAAAGACUGUAAAAAUACGAGGAGUCCGCAAGGUGUCCAGUCGAGACUCAGUUCAGUGGUAUUUCGAGAACAAGAAGAAGGCUGAUGGUGGUGAGAUUGAAAGUCGGUUUACAGAUGAGGAAGAUGACGAUGUUAUGUAUAUUAAGUUCAAGGAUGAGUCAGUUGCACAGGCUGUGGCGAAGAAGCAACAUAAGCUGGAUGGCCAAGAGCUGGUUGUGUCCCUGUACACCCCUCCAGUUCCCCCACCCAGCUACCCGAACAAGCUGCUUAUCAAAGGACUGAACCAAAAGAUAACAUUCAACGUCCUAGAUCUGUACUUGGAGGCUAGAGUGGGAAUUACUCUGGUAGAAGGUUCCAUGACCUAUCAUGCUGAGCAGGAGGAUGUUGUUUUGGUUACAGUCAAUGAGGAGAUAGACUUUGCAAAAUUGGAAGAGGCAUGUAGAUUGAAAGCCCUUGAAGGUUCUUAUUUGCGGGUCAGUCAAGUGCCCAUUUCUAAUUGUGUGCUGGUCUCAAACAUCAGUGACACAGCGACUGUGGACAUGGUGUCCCUUUAUUUUGAGAAUGAAAAAAGAAGCAAUGGUGGGCCAGUGGACAAGGUGGAAAUGUUUUCCACUCAGAACUACUGUCUGGUCUACUUUGCUGACUAUAAAGUUGUAGAUAGAGUUUUGUCAAAAGACCAGAAGCUUGAUGGAAGACAACUUGAAGUAAGGCGAUACUUCCCAUGCAUUGGAAGGGCAGAAGGGGACACUGUCGAACGACGAUUCAAAAAACCAAACCCUUUAACAGUGAAGGCAAAUAUUCAGAAGAUAAAAUUUCUGCAUCGUUCCAGUGCCAACAAAGUAGCAGUUGAAAAGCAGCUAUCUAUGUGCCAUGCCACAAUAAUCUGGCCUGCAGCUAAUGACACUGAAGAUGUUGAACUACAUUGUACAUUGUCUGAGGAUGUAAAAGACUGUGUUAAACUUGCCAAGGAUUGGAAUGACAAUGCAAAAGCAAGCUUCCAAGACUUUAUGAACACUCUUGACGUUGAAAGUGUUUUUGUUGUCCAAGAUAUUUUGAAAAAGGUAACAGAAGAAUUAAGCAAAAUUUCUAUUGAUAAUCCUGAAGCCGUAGCUAUUUUAAUACAAAGGCAAGAAAACAAAAUAUAUAUUGUGGGAAUAAAAGGAAACGUUUUGGGACUCAAGACAAAAGUUGAACAAAUUGUAAAAGACAUACAAGAUGCUGCAGAGAAGGAAAAGGAAUGGACAAAAGUAGAAGUGAAAAAUUUGAAGCCUAUCGAAACUAAAAUGCUGUUGGCAGAUAAAUUCCCUAGUCAAAUGCUAGAGAAGUUUCCUGAAGUUAAAAUUAACAUUCAUCCAACAAAAAAUGAAAUAGAAAUUGAAGGUGUUUAUAAGGUGGUUAACACAAUCCAGAUUGAGAUGUACAAAAUAAAAGAUACUUUUGUCCGAAAUGAAUCCCAGAUCCAAAAUGAGACAAUGGCAAUGUUUAUGAGUAGGCCUGUCAAAGACUACAUUGUAAAGAAGUUGAAAAAUGACAAAGUUAUUGCAGUUUGGGAAACUGUUAAUGGCAAGCUUAUUGUGAUGAGCAAACAUGACACAAUGCUUAGCAAAGCAGUAAACAUUGUUACUAAGUCAGUAUCUAUUGGCAAAGUUCAACUUACUAAAGAGAGUCGAUCAUCAGUGCAGUCAGAAGCAUGGGCAGCAUUGGAAAAACAGCUUCUUGAAGAACAUCAAGGAAAGCUGACAGUAGACAAAUCCUUAGACGAGGUUGCCUUUGUUUGUACAGAUGACAUAUUUAGCAAACUUUUGGAAACUAUUAAUGAUUUUCUAGACAAAAAUACAAUAUAUAGUGACAAGUGGUCAUUUGCUAAAAACAUACAUAAGCUUUUGAGACAGCAUCAUAAUCAAAACAUAUCUGACUUGGCAAAAGGUGAAAAUGUUAGAGUUCAGUUUGCAGAAAACCAAAUUGAAGUAUCUGGUACAAAGAAAGGCAUAAAUAAAGUAAGACAAGAACUUGAGUUGUUAGCUCAGAAGGUAAAGAAACAACAACAUAAGAUUUCCAAACCUGGCAUUUCCCAAUUUAUGAAAACGGACAAAGGUCAUGGAAUUUUGCGCAGUGUGGAAAGUACCUACCCAGUAAUUGUCUCAUCAAGUGAUGAAGACAGUGGUGAUGAGGAUUAUGGAAUAUACAGCUUAACUUCAACAGCUUCCAGUCUACCGCCUGGAUGUUCUAUUAUAGCAUCAUGUAUUGCAUACGAGAAGAGGAACAUACAUGUUAUGUUCGGCAAUAUGACUGAUUUGAAUGUUGAUGCAAUUGUUAAUGCUGCAGAUGAGAAACUGAGCCUCUGUGGGGGACUGGGAAAAGAGAUAUUGAAAAAAGGUGGCGAUACUAUUGCCAGGGAUUGCAAGCUGUACAUUGAUGCACAUGGAAAACUUGGCGAAGCAGCAGUGUUUGUGUCCACAUCAGGAAAUUUAAAAGCUAAGAGUAUUGUUCAUGUUGCGGGUCCUGUUUGGAAAGAUGGAAUGCAGCAAGAGGAUGAAAAACUCACAGAGGUUGUUUUUAAGGCAAUGCAUCAGGCAUCUGCAAAGGGCUACAAAUCAGUGGCGUUGCCUGCUAUAAGUUGUGGGGCAUAUGGUUACCCUGUUAAGCUGGCAACGGGAGUGAUUGUUGCCUCUGUGAAGAACUUCUUCAGAGAAGUACAAGAAUCGGAGCUGACAGAAAUCUAUUUAUGCGACUUGAAAGAGGAUACGGUUGAUGGAUUUGUUAAGGGGCUAGAAAAGGAAUUUGGAGCCUCCAGUGUUCACCACUUCACCCGCAAGCAGUCAUCAUCAGCAUUGAGUCUGCCUCCUGGAUCAAUUCGCCCAAUGGAUAGUUCAGAUGAAGAAAGUACUGGCACAUAUUCUGCUGACACAAGUAAAGGCACUUUUAAACCACGGCCUCAACCAAUGAACAGGGCGUUGCCGGUCAAGCUUGGAAACAUCACUGUUGCUGUUCAAAAAGCAGAAAUUGCCAAACAUAACAUACCUGUCAUAGUCAACACCACGUCAAGAAAUCUUGAUCUAAACAAUGGCGCUGUGUCUAAGACAAUACUUAAGCAAGCUGGGCCGGAAAUACAGAAUGAACUAAAACAGUCGUAUCCAAAUGGAAUCGGUGAGGGGCAGGUGGCUGUGACAAAAGGACAUAAACUGAAGUGCACCAAUGUUGUGCACGGGGCUGUUUCCAAUUGGGAUGGACAGAAGAAAACUAUUGAUGAGCUGAAAAGCUUUGUCAACCUUUGUAUGGAGGAGACACAAAAGCGUAAUCACAGCGGAAUAGCGUUCCCUGCUAUCGGCACUGGCAAUCUUGGCUACCCAAAGGAGGUUGUGGCUAGAGAAAUGUUAACAGCCAUCUCAGAAUUUGCAACCAAACAUCCGCAAUCGUGCAUAAAAAAUGUGGAUUUUAUACUAUAUCCACAAGAUGAAGGGACUAUUAAGGCAUUUGAAAGCGAGAUUACUCAAUGGGCAAAGGGUGGUGGCAAAGGUCGUGCACGGGGCUACGAUCACUAUCAAAAUUUGCGUUCUAAGAGCGGUGAAGACGGCGAGAAUGAACACCUGUACGAAGAAUUGCCAUUUGCAAAGGACUCGAACAACUUUACUAUUGGAAAUGUUCAAAUAAAGGUCACGCAAGGUGACCUAACAAAGGAGGCAGUGGAUUGUAUUGUAAACAGUUCAAACGAGACUCUAGAUCUUAAAAGAGGAAAAGUUUCCCAAAGCCUCGUCAAAAUUUGUGGAGACCAGCUUGUAAAGGAGGCUCAUUCCAAGCAAAAGGAAAUGAAAAAAGAAGGAUUGGCCAUUACCAAGGCUUAUCAACUGGCUUGCAAAAACAUAUUGCAUGUUGUAGCAAAGGAAACUGCACAGGAAUGGAAACAAGUCGUCGUAAAAUGUCUUAAGAAGGCUAAGGGUGAAGGUUAUCAAAGCAUUGCCUUCCCAGCCCUAGGCACAGGUAUGAAUAUCAGUGCUGCAGAGACGGCCCAUGCAAUGUGCCAGGCUGUGAAAGAGUUCGCAAAUGAAGGAUGUGGUACAUUGACAGAUGUAAGAUUUGUUAUCUUCCAGAAGGAAAUGGUCGAUAAUUUCAAACAUGAAGCCCAGGGCGCCCAAGGAAUGACAGGUUCAGAACAUGGUACUAAAAGAAAACCAUCCAUGACUGCUGCAAGAACACAGCCAAGAAACACAUCCACUAACGUAAAUUCUGUCUGCCUUAUUAUUCACGCUAUGGAAGUAUCGGACAUAAGAAAAGCCAUUGAUAAGAUAAAUGCCAUGAUUGCAGAUGAAGUCUCAACUACUCGUUUAAGUGACUCCAUUAUACAACGGUUCGAUGGAACACAGGAAAGCGCAUUAAGAAAAAUUGCAGAGAAACACAAUGUCGACUUUAGACCCAUCAGCGAUGGAGUAGAAAUUGUUGGAAUGAUGGCAAAUGUACACCACGCCAGCACUUUGAUGAAUAAAAUAAUAAAGGACGCAAUACAAAUUGAAAAUGACAAACAGGCAGCAAUGAUCUUGAAAGAUGUUGUGCAGUGGUACUACAUAGAUGUCACUGAUGAAGGUGAUGAUUUAAAUGCUUAUGGCCUCGAUCUCAACUACAAAAUAGAAAAGGCAUUCAAAAAUCAAGACAGCCAAUUUAUGUAUAAGGAAGACAGUGUUGAAGUUGUCGUUGAUUUCAAUACAUUGCAAGAAUAUGAGAAGGAUGAGAAGGAUGACAACAAGAAAACAAAGAUUGUUCGAAAGGAUUUGAUUCAAGACAAAUUGAAUGAAAUACCACCAGAUUGGAAGGAUAUGAAAGGAAAUCUCUUGGUGCAUACCCUACUUACCACUGACCCUAGAUACGGAACAAUAUCAACUACCUUCACAUCAACGGCUGGUGCCAAUUUUGCUAUCCAAAAGAUUGAAAUGGUCCAGAACAAGUCUCUAUGGCAACAGUACGCUGCAAAGAAGAAGCAACUAGAAGGACAGAAUCCUCCGGGAACAACAAACGAACGUUUCCUCUGGCACGGUACCUCUGCCGACACAGUGGAUAGCGUCAAUGCGCAUGGCUUCAAUCGCAGCUACUGUGGAAAGAACGCGGUUGCAUUCGGUGAUGGAGUCUACUUCGCGGUCAGAGCAGAUUAUUCUGCACAAGAUGCAUACUCCAGACCAGAUCCGAAUGGUGUUAAACGGAUGUACUACUGUGGAGUUCUGACAGGGGAAUUCAUAUUGGGUCAGCGUGGAAUGCGAGUACCUCCAGCUAAACCUUCUGGUGGAAAAAAUGCAUUAUAUGACUCAGUGACAAAUAAUCUACAAAACCCAGUGAUGUUUAUUAUAUUUAAUGAUACACAAGCAUAUCCGCUCUAUAUUGUCCAUUUUAAGUAACUUAAACACACUGCUGGGAUUAUAUAUAUGGUUUUGUUGCAAAAACAGUUUAAUGUCAGUUGAUAUACAUUAUUUGUGUACUUUUUAUUAUUGUUAUAAUGUUAUAAUUAUGUUAACAAGACUUCCAUAAAAUAUAAUUUUUGUAUUUAUAGUCAGACAUGUGUAUAUAAUUAAGUUGCAUUUUUUUUAUGGAAUUCAACAGUUUGUCACAAAACUUUGUUUGGUACAACAGCUGCAAUACUUUGCUUAAUCACUACAUAUUGUAAUAUUAGUUUCAAUAUUAAUAUUAUUAUAAAUAUUAAUGGUACUUCCGCUUAAUAUACAACCAAAUUAAAGCAAUACAUAUUCAAGUUUUCAAACAUAUUUGUAAAUGAAUACACAUUGAUUUGCUGUAAUAUAUUGCCUAAAUUAAUGCUCACAACUAUUGACUAAAAACAAACACAUACAAAAACAGCAGACUUUAAUGACACUUGCAAGCUAAAAUACUGUCAUCAAAAGUUUGCAAAAGCAUGAUGUACUUCAUUUCAUUUGUUAUUUUAUUUAACUUCUUCUACUAGUACUUCUCCUUCUGAUAUUUUCUCACCUGGGAAGUGAUUUUUUGUCCCCUACCGGUGAAACCGGAGGGGACUUAUGGUUUGCACUCCAUCUGUCUGUCUGUCAGUCAGUCUGUCAGUCAGUUAGUCUGUCUGUCACACUUUUCUGGAUCCUGCGAUAACUUUAAAAGUUCUUCAUAUUUUUCAUGAAACUUGAAACAUGGAUAGAUGGCAAUAUGGAGAUUAUGCAGGUCAUUUCAUUUUGUUCCUAUGUCAAGAAUUCUGGUUGCUAUGGCAACAAAUAUAAAAAAAAUUAAAUAAAAAAUUCUGACAAUGGUGGAGUUUCACCAGUAGGGGACAAUAUUGCUUGGCAAUCUCUUGUUUACCAUGUUAUUGUUUAUAAACAAAAUAUUUUGCUGUGUGAGUGUGCGUAGAAAAAAGAUCUAUGAUUGUAAAACAAUCAUUUAAUACAGAUGUUUGGAAAGGAUUUUCAAACAGGUUUUCAAACUAGUUGUAAAUCCUGGUUUUAAGAUAGGGAUCUGGCAGGUAGGUGGGUGGUCAUCCGUUCAUGCGGCGUUAAACUUUUGUUUCUGUUAAAUACGCUUAGUUUACAAUGAUCAAUCUUAAUGAAUCUUUUGAAAUAAAAGCUUACACUAUGAUAUAGCUUGGGAUUUAUUUGGAGGUUGUCAGGUCAAGGUUUCUGUUACUAAUAAUUAAUGGCCGAAGGGUUUCUUUUCUAUAGCUUAAGUUUGGAUGAAAUUAAUGCACAUUUUGUGUAUAGCUAGCUUACAUGCACACAUUGCUUGGGUUGGCAUAGGGCUUGUUGGAUCAAGGUAAAGAUUACUAAAAAAAUAAGCAGCCAAUAGGUAGUCAUUAACUGAAAUUUUCAUUUAGCAAUCUUGAUUAAACAUUCAAUAUUGCAAGCUUGUAUAUGGAUAACUUUUCAUUUGGCCUGAGUUGAUUUAAGCUCAUGAUCAGUGUUACUAAAGAUAGAACAGAAGGUUUCUGCUCAAUAAAUUGAGCUUGUAUGGUCAUGGAGCUCGUCUCUGAAAGUGUGUGUGUGUGUGUAGUUCGCUUAAAUGCAUAGAGAUAGAAAACUGGUUUCCAUGGAGUUCUGAUUGGGAUACUGUGCUGUAAAUUUUGAUGUGCGUUGGUAGCUUACAUGUAUAUGCAGACCCAGCUUGAGAUUUCAAUUAGUUCAAUUAACAAGUAAAACGCUGAAAACCUGGUUUUGUGGCAUUUACUGUGUUUCUUAUUUUAGAAUAAAAUACUACAUUUUCUGUUGUUAGCCGCUAAGAUAUUUAGGAAGAGGUUUGUUGCAUAUGUAGGGUUUAUAUUAUUUGUUUGGGCAAUGGAUCAAAUCAAUUGUCAAUUAGUGUGUAAUUAUAAUUGUGUUGAGCCACAUAGUGUCUUGUCAUUAUCAACAAUUAAGGUCCUUUUUCCUGAUUGUUGACAUAUUGUAUUAGUACUAUUUUGAAUUCCAAAAAAAGCUAUUUUUGGAUGUUAAUAAUACAUAUUUGUUUGAAAGGGACGCUUUUUAAGUAUUGUAAAAGAUUCUUUUUUUAGAGUGAAAAUUAUAAAUAACUAGCACUCCUAGUGUGUGAGUAUGAACAUGACAGGUACUAUUUUGCAAACGCAAAGACAAGUAUACUAUGUGUCUUAGUGCAUUAGGUGAUAAAGAUUGACAAGCGCUUUUCCUACCUCUAGUGUACUUAUUAUACCUCCAUUACCAUUGGAGUCACUUUGCUCAAGUGGAGUUCAAAGGUCAAAUGCUUGUCCGGGACAUAACUUUGUCAUUUAUUUUGAGACUUUAAAAUCAUUUGGCACAUUUGUUCAGCAUCAUUGGACAGUGUGUCACUGUGAAAUUUUUAAAAUGACUUGGUACAUUUGUUCACAUACAUUGGACGGUGUGGCGUGUAAGAAUAACGUCCAUAUCCCUAAGGUCAUGGUCACAUUUUGAGUUCAAAGGUAAAAAAUGGCCAUAAAUGAUCUUAUAUGGGCCAUAACUAUGUCAUUAAUUGUGAGAUUUUAAAAUUACUCUGUAUAUUUGAUCACAAUCAUUGCAGGGUGUGUCAUGCGAAAGAAUUACGUCAAUAUCUCCAAGGGCAAGGUCACACUUUGAGUUCAAAAGUCAAAAAUGACCAUAAAUGAGCUUGUCCGGGCCAUAACUAGGUCAUUCAUUGUGAGAUUUUAAAAUGACUCUGUACAUUAAUUUUGUGCACAGUCAUUGGACGGCUUGUCAUGCAAAAGAAUUCAAGAGUUCAAAGGUAAAAAUGGCCAUAAAUGAUAAUGGCAUAAUAAUUCUUAAAAAUGUCCAUAAAUUACCUUCUCUUGAUUUGUGAAGACAGCAUGCAAAAUAUUCUGUGUCAAUGCAGCAUGUGGGGGUAUAUGUCACGUCUGUGGCAAAGCUCUAGUUAAGUAGCAGCAUCCUUUUGAUGUUGUUUUUCUAGCUGGGAAUUUUUGAGCAUUUUUAUAACAUGUGUUUACGAUGUGUAUGAAAUUUCUGUGAUUGAUAGAAUGGCUUAAGCUUGAUGGUAUCUUUGCCCAGAAUUAUUCAAAGGCAAUAAUGUACUACACUGAACAGAUUUUUAAAACUAUGUUUGGUAAAUGUUGACAGCUGUCCUGCGUAUACAUAUAUGAAAGAAUUCUACAAACCAUAAGUUUGAUGUAUGAAUACACUUGUCAUGACCAGUGAAAAUGUUCAGAUUUAUUUGAGAAUAUGAUUACUUGAUUGCAAUCUGCCUAUGCAGAUAUUGAUUUGUGAACCCAAUAUACCGAACAAAGUUUUUAAUUUAUAUUUUCAAUAUUUACUCCUAAAAAUGCAGAAUUGUGUUGUAUUUAUAUAAGGAAAGUAAGCAGUUGUUUAAAGUGUGUGUGUCAUUUGUAUGAUUGAUCAUCUAUACACAGAAAGAAUGUAUCAGGCUGAUAGGAUCUUAUUUGUAUAUCUUUCAACUUGUUAAAAAAGUAAAUGAGGAUAUGUUUGUUGUUGUUGUGUGGUUAGUUGCUUGUAUGAAUCAAUGUUAAGACUAUCCUCUGGACAUGUUUUGAGCUUAUUCACGCAUCAGUAGUGCAUUCAUGAUUGUGUAUCAAAUGGAUUUAAAUGGAUUUUUGACAGAUUGAAGGGUAUUUUCUUGAUCUACUGAAUAAAUUUAAGUGACAUGUUCACCAAUUGUCAAAUUUUCCAUAUUUCAACCUUUUGUCUCGCAUUAAAAUAUUAAAAAAAACACUGAACAUCAGGAAGCAAAGAAACAUUUAUGAGGUAGAGUAAUACCUAAAAUACAUUUACGUUUAUGAAUGAUCAUCAUGGGGAAUUAAUAAAAUAAUAAAGCAUUACAAAUGAGACGGGAUUGAAUAUUUUGUAUUGUUUCUGUUUUCAUUAUAUUUUGUAAAUAAACAUGGAGACUCAACAAGACCUUCUAUUCCACUUGCACUGACAUUGGUUUAGGAUAUUAGCUUACCUGAGCAUAACAUGCUAACUGUGAGGUGUUUAAUUAUGUCAAUUUGUCAUAUAUUGUCAACUUUUAGCUUUUGAAUUCUCUAGAAGCUAAUCUUUAUUCAUAAUUUGUUUCUAUUAUAACUUGACUAAGUUGAAUGCGUGGUAAAUUGGGGACAAAAAAUUGGCCACUACAUAAAGUGGAAGAAACGCCAUACUAACACUGUAUGCUCAGUCACACUAAAGUGCUUCAUUAUACCCCCACUAAACGAAGUUUAGGGGGGUAUAUAGGAGUGAGCUUGUCUGUCGGUCGGUUCGUGUCUUCUCUCUAAUUCAAGUAGUUUUCAUCCGAUCUUCACCAAACUUGGUCAGAAGUUGUAUCUCAAUGAUGUCUAGGCCAAGUUCGAACAUGGGCCUUGUUGGGUCAAAAACUAGGUCACAGGUUCACUUAGUGCGUUUUAAACAUUCAGCAUGUUGUCCACUCUCUAAUUCAAGUAGUUUUCAUCAGAGCUUCACAAAACUUGGUCAGAAGUUGUAUCUAGAUGAUGUCUAGGCCAAGUUCGAAAAUGGGUCAUGGCAGGUCAAAAACUAGGUCACGGGGUCACUUAGUGCAUUUUAAACAUUGAGCAUGGUGUCCGCUCUCUAAUUCAAGUAGUUUUCAUCAGAUCUUCACCAAACUUGGUCAGAAGUUGUAUCUAGAUGAUGUCUAGGUCAAGUUCGAAAAUGGGUCAUGCCGGGUCAAAAACAAGGUCACUGGGUCACUAAGUACGUUUUACACAUUAAGCAUGGUGUCUGCUCUCUAAUUCAAGUAGUUUUCAUCUGAUCUUCACCACACUUGGUUAGAAGUUGUAUCUAGAUGAUGUGUAGGUCAAGUUCGAACAUGGGCCAAGCAUGGUCAAAAACCAGGUCACUGGGUCACUUAGUGCGUUUUAAACAUUGAGCAUGGUGUCCGCUGUCUUUUGUGAAGACAACAUGCACAAUAUUCUGUGUCAAUGCGGCAUGUGGGGGUAUUCGUCACAUCUGUGACAAAGCUCUAGUUGCUAUCUAAUCUGAGAAACAGGGUGUGGUUAGGGACUUACACUUUUUGCUCAAUACCACUUAAGAUGUCACAUUUUUAUGCCCCCAGUAGGGUGGCAUAUAGCAGUUGAACUGUCUGUCAGUCCGUCUGUCAGUCCUUCAGUCUGUCUGUCUGUGCGUCCAUCAGAAAACUUUAACAUUGGCCAUAACUUUUGCAAUAUUGAAGAUAGCAACUUGAUAUUUGGCAUGCAUGUGUAUCUCAUGAAGCUGCAAAUUUUGAGUGGUGAAAGGUCAAGGUCAUCCUUCAAGGUCAAAAGUAAAAAAAAAACAAUCCAAGGGAAAGUAAUAAGCUUUAAAAGGGAGAUAAUUCCUAAACCUGCCAAAUGAUAUAUUGAAAUUUUAUUUCAAAGCGGCGCAAUAGGGGGCAUUGUGUUUCUGACAAACACAUCUCUUGUUUAUUUAAUCUUGAUAGAACUUCAGGUCAGAAUGUUUAUCUAGGCAAUAUCUAUGUCAAGUUUGCAUGUAUUUCAUGUGUGUCCAAAAAUAAUGUAACUUUUUCAAAUCAUAGAAAACCCUAUUGCCAUUCUAGAGGCCACAUUUAGAAAUCUAUCUUGAUGAAACUUGUUCUGAAUAUUUGUCUGUAUUAUAUCUACACUGUCAGAGUUUGAUUCUGAAUCAUUUGUGUCAAGAAGUUGGUCACCAGGUCAAAUCUAAUAAAAACCUUCUGACCACUUUAGAGGCCACAUUUAUGACUCAAUCUUGGGGAACUUAUUCAGGCUGUUUAUCCUAAUAAUCCCUAUAAGGGGAGUUUGCUUAAAGGUUGCAUAUGUCUAGGUCAUCAGGUCAAAUCUGCAAAAAAUUUAGAAAAACCUUGUUGCCAUGCUGGAGGCCACAUUUAUAACUCAUUCUUGAUGAAAUUUUUGUCAUGUUUAUCUUGACAAUAUCUAAGCUGAGUUUGAAUGCGGGUUAUGCGAGUCCAAAGAGUAGACUAAGUCACCAGGUCAAAUCUAAGAAAAACCUUGUUAUCACUUAUAUAUGAUAACUUUGGUGAAACUUUGUCAGAAUUUUUUUUGAAAAUAUAUAGGCCCAAUUUGAAUCUGGGUCACUAGUCUUUUAAAACUAGGUCAUAAGGUCAAAUCUUAGAAAAACAUUGUGAUUACUAUAGAGUCCACAUUUAUAUCUUAUUGUUAAUUAAACUUUGUUGGAUUCUGGGUCGAGUGCAUCCAAAAAGAAAGUGGCCGGUCAAACUUUUUCUUACCUGAAAAGGCUAGAUUUAUUGCUAAUUUUUUACGAAACUUAGUCAGAAUAUUUAUCUGGACAGUAUAAAGGCUUAGUUGGAAUCUCGAUCACAAGCAUUAGAAAACUAGGCCACCGGGUCUUAAAACUUUAUAACUACACUUGAUAGCAGAUAUGUUACUCAAUCCUGAUGAAACUUGCUCAGAAUGUUUAUCUUUUUCUAGGUUUAAUUUGAAUGUCACAUGCGUCCAAAACCUAUGUCACCAUGUAAAAUAAAUAAAAACUUUGUCAUCUCAAUGUAUGCCACUAUUAUGUUUAUCUGGAUAAUACCUAGGUCAAGUUGUAAUCUGGGUCACAUGUGUCCAAAAACUAGGUUACCAGUUCAACUUCAAACAAAUGAUUUUCCACAAACUCUGAUGAGUACUUCAUUCCCAUCUUGUUUAUGUUUAUAUGUUUAUUUAAUUUUUCUUUAAAAAGUUAUAAUGCAGCAGAUGGUUUGAAAGAAUUAUUAAGUAUUUUAAACAUUAAAUUGGUAUGUUUUGUAUUUUAUUAUGCCCCCCUUCGAAGAAGAGGGGGUAUAUUGCUUUGCUCAUAUCGGUCAGUCUGUCGUUCGGUCUGUCGGUCCGUCUGUCGGUCCGUCCACCAGGUGGUUCUCAGAUGAUAACUCAAGAACGCUUGGGCCUAGGAUCAUGAAACUUCAUAGGUACAUUGAUCAUAACUCGCAGAUGACCCCUAUUGAUUUUGAGGUCACUAGGUCAAAGGUCAAGGUUACGGUGACCCGAAAUAGUAAAAUGGUUUUUGAAUGAUAACUCAAGAACGCAUACGCCUAGGAUCAUGAAACUUCAUGGGUAGAUUGAUCAUGACUCGCAGAUGACCUCUAUUGAUUUUGAGGUCACUAGGUCAAAGGUCAAGGUCACGGUGACCCGAAAUAGUAAAAUGAUUUUCAGAUGAUAACUCAAGAACGCUUUUGCCUAGGAUCAUGACACUUCAUAGGUACAUUGAUCGUGACUCGCAGAUGACCCCUAUUGAUUUUCAGGUCACUAGGUCAAAGGUCAAGGUCACAGUGACAAAAAACGUAUUCACACAAUGGCUGCCACUACAACGGACAGCCCAUAUGGGGGGCAUGCAUGUUUUACAAACAGCCCUUGUUGCGUUUUAUUUUGAAGUGUGAUAAUUUAUGUCUUUUAUUGUGUUUACAUUUCGGCAAAUGUUCGGUUCUUUUCCAUUAAACUUGUUUACCUAAAGUCAGAUAGACCAUUCAAAGUCAGUUUUCCUCAUUUUGUUUGUGUUUUAUUUGUGUGUGGCCUGUUUCACUAACAUGUCUAUUGUUAUUGCCUGACUGUUUCUCUAUUGGCUACUGCUAUCAACAAAAUAAUAGUUUUCAAAUGCAA